AUGUUCCGAUUAAGUGACGAUGAAGUCAACGUCUUGGAUGCGCUGCCUGGCUGGGUUGGUCACGCACUUGAUGAUUGCCAGGGCGGGAAAGUGGGCAGUGUUGAACUUGGAGGACCACGGCCUUUGAGGAUGGAUACAGUUUACGAGGCAUAUGAUGGGUCUGCUGUGAGGUCUCGGAAGCCACAGUCAAGGACUAAGAAUAGGAAGCUUCCUGGGGUACCGGUAUGA